AUUUAGUUGAGUAUUAAGCCUAAAUAACCAUUUAAUAAUUCAUUUAUUAUUUUUUUUUAUUUUUAUUUUUAUUUUUAUUUUUUAGUGUCAGCCAUCAAAGAUUCUACCGAAAUAUAACGACAGGAGUUAGCAUCGGACACAAAAUGCGAGCAAACUAGUGCCGAACAAAGAAAAGACAGCGACGGACCCUUUAAGGCCAUUUUGGAAUAAUUCAUGACGUCGAGCUGUAAACACCGCUGAAGCUGAGCUGCGUGGCCGAAGCGAGCAUCCUCCGGAACCGACGAGACCUCCGAGCCGGGUCGCCGUGGUGUUUUGUCGGGCUCACGGCGGUUCUCCCCUACUACACCCUCCAUUAACCCCCCGCACCCCCCCACCACCACCUGGACACCUCCACUCGUCAUAUGCGGUCCCCGGGUCCAAGGCGACGGAGCUGCAUCGGUUCCUUUUGAGGAGUGCCAUGGCUCGGAAGACGGACAUUACCUCCAUGUACUAUGGUGAGGCACGCAAGUAUGACCCAAAGUUCAGAGGGCCAAUUCAUGACAGGGGCCGCACGGAUGUGGUCUGUUGUGUUAUUUUUGUCAUCGUCAUCGUUGGCUACAUCAUACUGGGCACUGUGGCCUGGUUCAACGGUGAUCCCAGGAAGGUGGCUUAUCCAACAGACAGCUACGGGAAGUUCUGUGGGCAGAACGAAUAUGUAAACAAAACCAAAUUGUUCUACGUCAACAUUUUGAGAUGUACUAACCCUGCAGCGCUGAUUAACCUCCAGUGCCCUACAACCCAGCUCUGUGUCUCCAAGUGCCCUGACAGAUAUGCAACACUUCACGAUACCGGGAUGAGCGAGGAUACCCAGGAGUAUUAUAAGCAAUUCUGCAAACCAGGCACUGACAUUAAGAAAACGAAAAGACUACAACUCAUACGAGAUGAAGACUGCCCAGCCAUGAUCAUGCCAAGCAAACCUUUUCUUCAGCGGUGCUUCCCCAAUUUCAUGACAUCAAAUGACAACAAAAGCUUGUUAAAGGACAGCAAACACAAUGUUAGUGCCAAUGACCUGAAAGUCGCUGCCGGCAACAUGUCCGUUCUGCUGCAGGCUAAAGAUCUUAGUGCGAAGGUCUUUGAGGAUUUUGCAAAUUCCUGGGAUUUGAUCCUGAUCGGUAUGGUUAUCACUAUGGUGGUCAGCUUGAUUUUCAUCCUGCUGCUGCGCUUCAUCGCCGGCGUGCUGCUGUGGCUAAUCAUCGCUGGUGUAGUUGCUGCCAUCGGCUACGGUAUCGGCCACUGCUAUUGGGAGUACAAGAAGCUUACCGGGACGCUGGGCGCCGACGUCACCAUCUCUGAUAUUGGCUUCCAGACAGACUUAAGCAUCUACCUGGAGCUCAGCCAGACAUGGCUCAUUUUCUUGAUUGUGCUGUCUGUGAUUGAGGGCAUCAUUGUGAUUAUCCUGAUUUUCCUGAGGAAGAGGCUGCUGAUCGCCAUUGCGUUGCUGAAGGAAGCAAGCAAGGCCAUCAGAUACAUCAUGACUGCUCUUAUCUACCCAAUCUUCACCUUCUUGCUAUUGUGCAUCUGCUUCGCUUAUGGAGCUGUUGUCGCAAUCUGUUUAGCGACAUCUGGUGCCGCCAUCUACGUGAUUACACCUUUAAACGAAAAAUGCCCGUCAGUCAACGUCAUGUGUGAUCCAAAGACGUUCGGUCCGGACAGCAUAACUGAUGCCAAUUGCGCAGGCUCGCAGUGCUUGUUCUCCCACUACGGCGGCGACAGCUUUUACUACCGUUACAUCUUGGUCCUCCAACUGUACAAUUUGUUCGCAUUCCUGUGGCUGGUCAACUUCAUUAUUGCGCUCGGCCAGUGCACCCUGGCUGGAGCCUUUGCCUCCUACUAUUGGGCCCUGAGGAAGCCCAAAGACAUCCCUGCCUGCCCACUCUUCGCAUCUUUCAAUCGAGCCAUACAUUACCACACAGGCUCGCUGGCCUUCGGUGCUCUCAUCCUUUCUGUGGUGCAAAUGAUCCGCAUAGUUCUCGAGUAUCUGGAUCAAAAACUGAAGCAGUCCCAGACUGCAUUUGCUCGCUUCAUGUUGUUCUGUCUCAAAUAUUGCUUCUGGUGCCUGGAACGGUUCAUCAAGUUCCUCAACAGAAACGCAUACAUCAUGAUAGCAAUAUACGGAAAGAGCUUCUGCACCUCCUCCAAGGAUGCUUUCUUCCUCUUGUUGAGGAACGUUGUUCGGGUCGCUGUCCUGGACAAGGUGACCGACUUUUUGCUAUUCUUGGGGAAACUGCUCAUUGCAGGAAGCGUCGGUGUGCUUGCAUUUUUCUUCUUCACCCGUAAAAUCCCCCUCAUUGAAGGGGAGGCGCCGUCCCUAAACUUCUAUUGGAUCCCUUUUGUGUCGGUGAUAUUGGGAUCCUACUUGGUUGCACAUGGCUUUUUUAGCGUCUACUCCAUGUGCGUGGACACACUGUUCCUGUGCUUUUGCGAAGACCUGGAGCGGAACGACGGUUCCCAAUCCAGACCCUACUACAUGUCUCCCGAACUGUGCAAGAUCCUGCACAUAGAGGACAACAACAAAAACGCUUCCCAGUGAGGAAAAUGUUCAAACUAACUCAUGGCUGACACUAACUUUUCUUCAUAUCUGCUCACCGGGACGACAAGAACUUUUUUAUGCUUCUUCAAGCAAGCAAGUUCAACUCCUCACUUUAAAAUGCUCUUCCUUUUUUUUUGUGAUUUAUUUUUCCCUGUCCUGCAUCUUCUGCCUUACUGAGUCCAAUAACAUGCCACAAUGAUGAUUAUAAAGACAAAAAACAUGAGGACCUACACGGGGCGCCCUGCAGGAUAAGGCAAUCGCCAUAUUAAAAGUGGUGGCGCACUUUGGUCUUCUGGUGUAAUAUCAUGUUUUGUAUGCACUUUCACUUCUGCAACAAACAGUGUGAGUUACAUAGAAAGUCAACGCAGCCCUGUUAAAAUAGCUGGGGGGGGGGGGGGGGGGG